UCUCAACGUGGAUAAACUGGUGUCAUCAAGUUCCAAAUUUUUUUUUUCUUUUUUUUUUUUUGUCUUUCUCAGAGGCAUUUCUAAGCUUAUCAAUGUCAUCAAUGGUGGAUUGGUCUACACUCCCCAAGGAUCUCUUAGACCUAAUCUCAAAAUCUCUAGAAUCUUCCUUCGAUCUCAUCCACUUCCGUUCCGUAUGUUCUUCAUGGCGAUCCGCCGCCGAGCCGAAACGUCCACUCCCAACACAUCACCUCCCGAUCCUCCCCGAUAACGGUGGCAGCCUCUUCCCUGAUUCCGCCGUAGGUUUCCGUCUCUCUCACCGGAGCAUCUUACUCAUCAAGCCUCAUGAACCGCACAUGGAGUCUGAUUCGUUUGGUUGGCUGAUCAAAGUCGAGGAAGACCAUAGCACUCCUCGAAAGGUGACUCUUUUAGAUCCGUUGAGUGAUGUUAGAAACUCAAUUCCUGAGCAUUUCCCUCGUGUGCUCGAUAUGUCAAAGUUUAAGGUUCGAGAAUUGGGUUGUGAAUGCAAGCUUCAUUAUUUCAAUACCGUUGGUGAUAUUGUAGACAGUUUAUACUUGGAGAAAGCUGUUGUCAAGUACUUAGAUUGUGAUGUGGAGUAUUAUAAGUUUGUUUUGCUUACGAUUCAUGUCUCUGGGAAGUUAGCUGUGUAUACGUCUUGGGAUCGGGCUUGGACUGUGAUUGAUGACAUGCCUUCUCCUUAUGAUGAUGUGUUUUUGUUCGAUGGGCGUUUCUUUGCUGUUGAUAACAAUGGGAGAGCUGUGGUUGUGGAUUACACUUCUUUGAAACUGACCUUUGUUGCAAGUCCUGUGUUUGGUGGUGAUAAGAAGUAUUUGAUUGAAUCUUGUGGUGAAAUGUUGCUUGUGGAUAUGUAUUUGAGCUUAGAGGCAGUUGAUGGGGAUCCUGGAUUCGCAGAGGAGAUCUUGGAGCAUCCUGCGUUUUACAUGAAUGAGAGAACGGUUAAGUUUAAAGUCUUUAAGUUUGUGGAAAGAGAGAAGAGUUGGGCUGAUAUUUACGAUCUUGAAGAUAAGAUGUUGUUCCUUGGUGAUGAUUCCACCUUUUCUGCUUCAACUUCUGAUAUUUUACCUCUCUGUGGGGGAAGCUCUGUGUUCUUCAAUGGUAAUGUGUACAAUGGGGAAGACUUGGGUGCAAUGCAAGAUCGAGAUUUGGGAGUGUUUGAUUUCAGCAGUGGGAAAAUUGAGCUGGCGCAAAAGAUACCUGAAUAUGCCAUGCUGUUUUGGCCUCCACCUCGUUGGAUUACUUCUCAUGAGCGUGUUGAAUAUCAUACUGGGGAGACAUCAUCCAGGUCUUGAAUUACAAAAUCCGGAGUUUAGGACCUUGGAGAUGCUAUGGUGACACAGAGGUUAAUCUUUCUGAAUACUUGUGAGAUUGAGAGAACCCAUAGAGACUACAACUUAAAUUGUUUAUGUUUUCCCAAGCUUUUCACUAGCUUGGCGUACAUAAAGAACCUUUUUUGUAAUCUUUCAUGUUUUUCUCCAAAACAAUUUGUUACAGGACAGACUUACUCGGUAAAUUCAUAUAUCCUGUUCUAAGUAAA